AUGGGAAUCUGUCUAUUGUACCGGGCGGUAUACAUGUCAAUUGGAUCCAAAUAUCACAAGUGUUAUAGGAAUUUUAUGGCACUCAAUAAACUUACUGUCAUCACUCAUCACAAUUUACACUCUAACAUCAGGAAUCUGCACAGUUCAGCGGCACUGAGAAUCAAAGACCCUUACAGCGUACUCGGAAUACCAAGAACUGCCUCAGUCAUGGAAAUAAAGAAGAAAUUUAGAGAAUUGGCUAAAAAAUAUCACCCAGAUCUAAAUUCUUCCCCUGACGCCAAACAGAAAAUGGCCGAAAUAACAUCUGCUUAUGAUAUACUAUCAGAUCCACAAAAAAAGAAGUUCUAUGAUCAAACUGGUGUUGCCAGUGAUGAUGUUGGUGGACAUGGUGCCAAUAGUGGAUUUGACACCUCUGGCUUCGAUGCUGCCUCAGGAUUUGGCUUUGGAGAUUCAUCGUUCAUGUUUAGCGAUUUUGCAGAAAUGUUCUCAAGAAUGGCAUCUGGUGAUACUAGUAGUUCGUUUUCAGGCGCCACCCGUGGUGAUGAUAUACAGACAGAAAUUACACUCAAAUUCAUGGAAGCGAUACGUGGUUGUAGCAAGUGUAUAAGAAUCCCAGCAAAAAUUGCAUGCGAUGAUUGUAAUGGACUAGGAAGACAGCCUGGUACAGGAGUUAGUACCUGUAAAAUUUGUAAUGGAACAGGUGUUCAAAGGAUGGAGAGGGGGCCAAUCAUUAUAGGCGUCCCAUGUCGUAGUUGCAGUGGGAGUGGACAGAUUGUAACCCAUCCAUGUCGUGCUUGUGGUGGAACUGGUGAAAGGGCACAAACUAAAUCAGUACAGGUGGAUGUGCCUCCGGGCGUGAGACAAGGGAUGCAGAUGAGAAUACCAAACCAGGGUCAUGUGGGUAGGCGUGGAGGCAAACCUGGCCAUUUAUUUUUGAAUAUAAACAUCGAACCUCAUAGCCACUUCCGCUGGAUCGAUGAUAAUAUACACGUGGAUGUGCCAAUAACACUAAAACAAUGUUUGUUGGGAGGUACGAUUAGCGUUCCAACCCUGGAUGGGGUUGUGGAGAUGCAAAUUUUACCAAGUUCCCAGCCAAACAGUGUGAAGACGCUCAAAGGUAGGGGCCCUCCAAAAAUGGAUUCCAACACCAAUGGGAAUUUACUCGUCCACCUUCAACUACAGUUGCCUGUGAAUAUGAGCGAGAAGCAGAAACAAUUGAUCAUCGAGUUUGACAAUUUGUGUGAGGAAAGUGGCACUUGUGAUGAGAGAGCAUGGAAGAAUAGUAAGAAGAAAUCGUUCUUUUCUUUCUGA